CUACAAGUCUACAACUAUGAAGCAGGUAAGGUUGCGGAUGAGUAGAGUGAUAUAACUGAGAAGAGAUUGUGGGAACAGUGAUUUGAGCUGUAGAAGGGUAAGCCAAGCUUUGGGUUGAGGACUGAGCUUCAUGCUUUCCCAUGGCUUCAAUUUAUCUUUCCUUUUCUUCUUCCCUCUUUCCCUCUCCAAUUCCUCUGGACAAAGGGAAGAUCCAACGUAUCCCUAUCCCCCCUCCUCGGAUUAUCCGCUGCGCAUCUGCGCCUCCAUCGUCAAAAUCUUCUUCUUCCUCUUCGGUCGCUAAAAAAAAGCACUGGAAAGUAGGCGAAUUUCCUGGUAUUUCUGAAACUUCUCUAACUCGCAGUGAGAGGAGGACUCCCAUUAAGAAUGUGAAGAAGAAGUUGGACCGCAAGGUCAAGGCUAAGGCCUGGGUCAACACUGUCACCGAAUGCUUGGCUGACAGAAUUGAGAAAAAACAGUGGCUUCAAGCUCUUGAGGUUUUCGAGAUGCUUAGAGAGCAACCCUUUUACCAACCAAAAGAAGGAACUUACAUGAAACUCAUUGUAUUGCUUGGAAAAUGUGGCCAACCUCAACGGGCCCAUCAGCUUUUUAAUAUGAUGGUUGAAGAAGGUUGCCAGCCUACUUCCGAACUCUACACAGCUUUGCUUGCAGCGUACUGCCGCAACAAACUUAUUGAUGAAGCAUUUUUAACUCUUAAUGAGAUGAAGAACCUCCCUCUUUGCCAGCCUGAUGUUUUCACUUACAGUACUUUAAUCAAAGCUUGCAUGGAUGCUUUGAAGUUUGAUUUGGUUGAGUCGCUGUAUGAAGAGAUGGUGGAAAGGUCUAUCACCCCAAACACUGUCACUCAAAACAUUGUCUUAAGUGGAUAUGGCAAGGCAGGGAAGUAUGAUCAGAUGGAGAAAGUUCUGUCAAGUAUGCUGGAUAGUACAACAUGCAAUCCUGAUGUUUGGACAAUGAACACAAUCAUCAGUGUCUUUGGUAACAAGGGCCAGAUUGAUAUGAUGGAGAGAUGGUAUGAAAAGUUCCGUAAUUUUGGGAUAGAACCAGAAACACGCACUUUUAAUAUCCUGAUUGGUGCUUAUGGAAAGAAAAGAAUGUAUGACAAAAUGUCCUCUGUGAUGGAGUAUAUGCGAAAGCUUCAGUUUCCUUGGACAACUUCAACUUAUAACAAUGUGAUGGAGGCAUUUGCAGACGUUGGGGAUGCUAAAAACAUGGAAUAUACAUUUGAUCAAAUGCGUGCUGAGGGUAUGAAAGCUGAUUCAAAGACUUUCUGCUGCCUUAUCAAUGGUUAUGCCAAUGCAGGUCUCUUCCAUAAAGUAAUUAGCAGUGUUAACUUGGCUAAGAAGUUUGAGGUACCUGAGAAUGUCUCAUUUUACAAUGCCAUCAUCUCUGCAUGUGCAAAGGCAGAGGAUUUGAUCGAAAUGGAGAGAGUUUUCAACCGUAUGAAGGAUAACCAGUGCCAACCAGAUGACACUACAUACUCUAUCAUGAUUGAGGCGUACAGAAAAGAAGGUAUGCGUGACAAAAUUUACUAUUUGGAGCAGGAAAAACAGAUGGUCACUGAGGAUAUAAAAAGUGAAUAAGCUAAUGAAUGGAAUCCUUUUUUCCCCUACUCAGAAUUCAGAGUGCACUAUAUCCAAACGUGUAUAUGUCCUCCAAUUUUUUUCUUUUGGAGUAGCUGUAUUAUUUUCUUCCUUUGAUGUGGAAUGAGUAAUCAGUUGGAGUAAUGAAGCUUCAUUUUCUGGUUGAAUGGUAUCAGAUCCUGCUUGACAUUGUUUUUCUUGGGAAGUUUUAAAGAAUUUUUACUUAGGCAUUCGUUGUACUUCACAAAUGAUGGAAUUUAGUUUGUACUUUUGUGAAGGUUUCUUAGCUCAACAUAUUAGGCAAUGAUUAACGUUUGUUUUAUGAUGA